UACUAAUACGGAGAUGUUUAAAAACCUUGUACACUGUAAACUCUUAUGAUUACCGGAUAAUAAUACGUGUAUGACAUAAUUUUUCUAAAGACACCGGUACAAAGUGUAACUAUGAAUACGGGUUUGAUCUACUGUGUACUUUGUAUACUCUGUUUCGUACAAUUGGUGGCGAUAAUAAAUGGAACAAGUUGUCCAUGCAAUGAUCCAGAUCUUUGUAAGCCGAUACAGAAUACAUCACGUAAAGAGAUCUUCGUAUUUUCACUGAGAAAUCACAGCCAGAUAUGGUCAAAAUAUGAUUGGUCAAAGAUAACCACCGUAGUAAUGACCGGAUACAUCAAUCUUGAUUUAAUGUGCCUCGCUCAUAAAAAUGGAGCCAGAGCUGUGAUUAUAGCUAACUACCCAAAGGCGAAUCUUACAAAUUCUACAGCUCGGUCAAUAUGGGUAGGAAAACAGUUACAAUUGGUCCAGAACAAUCAUUUAGAUGGUAUCAACAUUGACUUCGAGGAUGCCAUAUUAAAAAAUGAAACAGAUAUUCGAGAUGCUUACGUCAUGUUGAUUUUGGAAGUAUACUCAGCGUUCAAAAAACUUAGUCCAGUUUAUCAGGUAACAGUUGAUGUCGCCUGGUCACCAGAUGGUAUAGAUGAUCGUUACUAUGACUAUGGGAAUAUUAGUUUAUUUGUUGAUUUCUUGUUUGUAAUGGCAUAUGAUGAACAGAGUCAGAUACGUGGUCCUUGUGUUGCUGGGGCUAAUUCACCUUUAUACAAUGCAGUGAAAGGUAUAAAAGCUUACCAUCAGCUAGGAGUAUCACCUGACAAACUAGUAUUAGGUGUACCGUGGUACGGAUAUAUGUAUACGUGUCUCAAUCUAACCAGCGACGAUUUCUGCUUCAUAAAACAUGUGCCAUUCAGGGGAGUUAACUGUAGUGAUGCUGCAGGAUCACAAAUAAAUUACUCCAGUAUGAAGAUUUAUCUCCCUCAUUCACCUGACGGAAUAAAAUGGAAUAAUGUUACAGAAACGCCUUAUUUCAACUUUAAAGUAUAUAAUUUAACAUACCAAGUCCAGUUUGAUAAUCCUGCCAGUCUCAGAUAAAAUUUCAAACCAUACAAAAUUUAGGAGUACGAGGAUUCGGUAUGUGGAAUGCUGAUGCAGUAAAUUAUAUUGACAACUCUACAGUGGCAAUAAAAGAACGGACAGAAAUGUGGGGAGCCUUUCCUACAUUUUGAUAUUUGAGAUGUUUCUUUAAUGCAUAUAAAUUGUUCAUUUAUUAAAUUUUUCAUAUUGUUUAUUUUUUUAAAUAAAAAUUAAAUAUUUUUGUUA